AUGACUUCCACCAUCAUGCGCACCACUUCCCGCAAAAUGCGCCAUAGGCGCGACACUUUCCCGCACAAUGCGCAGUAUUCCCGCGUGCGCGCCUUGCGCGCUUUCUCGCGCUUAAGCGCCCUGCGUCGCACAGCAUCCAGGAGCAUCCAUCCAUCGUCCAACCAGUCCCUCGGUGCCCAGGCUGUCAUAUGUGUGAAACUACAGGCCGUUCAGACAGCUGCAAGACAUCAUGACGCUGAUCAGCAGCUCCGCGAUGCUCAUGCCGCUGAACCAGUUGAUAAUGUCGCUUCUGGGCAUGACCUACCUGUGCAUGAGCCCUUUGGAGCCGACGAACCAUUCGCGCAUAGUGAUGAUGAUGGGGAAGUGAACUUAAACCCUCCUGAGCCGCUAGACAACCUCUUCGAGACGUGGAAUGAACCCCCCAAUAUUCAAGGCACAGAUGACUUCAGCACUGAUGAAGAUGAAGAAAUCUUUCAGCGACUUGGACAGUCCAACACACCAGAGGAUAAUGUGGAGGAUCCUGUUGUUCCUGAUGAUGAUCCUGGCGCUGGUCCCGAGGAUGGUGAUGGUGUCCCCGGCACCCAGUUUGAUUUCUCAGAUGUCCAAGAAGCAGUGGAUAUACAUGCUGACCCUCUGUCAUGCAUGGACGACCACCCUGCAGUCCACAAUGCAUACAUACGUGCAUUUAUAUCUGCAGCUUUCUAUAAUGCUACUCAAGCAGCAGUAUAUCACGAUCUUGAAGGAAAGGAGCGCUGUGUACUUCGACCCAAGGGGACUGCUAUUGAACCACUUCCUUCUAAUAGUGCGAGGGAAGAGAAAGGAAGAACUAAGCUCUAG